UCAGCGCACUUCCGCAAGUGUUUGACACCGAGGCUCCGGGGCCGCUCAGCAAGAUGGCUGCGUUCCUGCGAGCUCGUAAAUAUGUCCGCUGUGUGGUCCGUUUCUCCGACCGUGAACUGUAAACGGGACCAGUGAGUGAGCACCAGCGAAGAUAAAAAGGAGACCUACAGGGCCAAGUGUCAUGGCUGAUGAAAAUACUGAUAUUGGAGGUACAUUAGAGGAUGAAGAUGAGGGUGUGGAUGACCCAAACCUUCAGUUGGAGCUUAAUGCGUUCAGAGCUCAGUGGAUGUCUGAACUCAAACCAAGCUCUGGUGCGAGUCAAACAAGUGACCGGCUGCAGAGGGCAAGAGGCGUGAAGAGGACUCAAGACAUUGCCCGGGAGGAAAAAGCUGCAGAGCUGUUUCUGAGAGCUGUUCAGGAGGAGCAGAAUGGAGCCGUCUAUGAAGCUAUCAAGUUCUAUCGCAUGGCUAUGCAGCUUGUUCCUGAUAUUGAGUUUAAAAUCAACUACAGCCGUCCCCCUGACGCAGACAGAGGUGGAGGAAAUUACAUGGAGGACAGUGACACUGAUGGUGAGAUUGAGGAUCUGCUUGCCUAUUUUGAGCAGCAGCUUACUCUGGAGAGCUCCUUCCCAAAGAUAUGCGCUUAUGAGCUUGAAGUAACUCAAACGCACAUUUCAGCCUUGCCACGGGAAAUCCUGAUGUACAUAUUUCGCUGGGUUGUGUCGAGCGAACUGGACAUGCGGGCACUGGAGCAGCUUUCUUUGGUCUGCCGUGGGUUUUACAUCUGCGCCAGGGACCCUGAGAUUUGGCGUUCUGCUUGUGUCAGAGUGUGGGGACGGAACUGCACUAAGCUAGCACCCUUCAAGUCCUGGAGGGAGAUGUUCCUGCAGAGGCCGCGUGUUCGAUUUGAUGGUGUUUAUAUCAGCAAGACAUCAUACAUUCGACAAGGAGAGGAAUCCCUGGAUGGUUUCUACAGAGCCUGGCAUCACGUUGAAUACUACAGGUACCUCCGGUUCUUCCCUGAUGGAUUUGUCUUGAUGCUGACCACCCCCGAGGACCCUCUGUCGGUUGUUCCCCGCUUGCGUACGAAAAACACAAGAAUGGACUCUGUUCUUCUUGGUCAUUUCCGUCUGUCACAGGAGACGGACAACCAAACCAAAGUCUUUGCUGUCGUUUGCAAGAAAAAGGAGGAGAAAGCGACCGAGUUUCAAAGAAAUCGGUUCUACAGGCGGAACCAGGCCCCUGAGGCUGAACACACCUUCCAUGUGGGGCUGCAUCUGACCUCCAGGGGGCGUCAGAGCUUCAGUAAGCUGGUGUGGAUCCACCACUCUUGCCACAUCACUUACAAGCUGACUGGGGAAACUGUCAUCACAACAUUUGACCUUGAUAGGAUGUACACGCCCUUCUUCUUUGCUCGUGUGAAGAGCUACACUGCUGUUUCUGAGCAGCCCCUGUAAGGAGAAAACACAGCCGUGCAUGAGCCUAGUAGAAACCUCACAGAAGAAGGCGAUUCACCCUUUGAAUGAAACUGGAUCCUCCUCAGUCUGUUUAGUUCAUCCUGUAGCAGGCUUAUGGUAUCACCUCUAAAGCCCUCAUGUUUUCCUACGUCAGCAUGUUUUAUUUCAGGUCCACCUCUUAGGAUGCUGCUUAUUUUCUGAUAAUCAGAAAAAUACAGUGAUUUGUUGAAAGCUACACUGAUUAGCAACCUUUGCCACCUGUUUCGAGCAAUGAAUGUGAUUUCUGUUUCAUUGUGCACUUUCUUCCUCAAAUAAAUGAGAUGGGAAAAAAA